CUUAUCUCCUGUAGGUAAUUUACGGUGCUACAAGAAGGGGGAAAAAGAAGAGGAGUAUCCAAAUCGACUUUGUUUUUGUGAGGGAGAAAAAAAACGAUACCGAAGAGUGCCAAGGGGAAGGGAGAAUGUCAGCCAUAUCGGCAUCUGUCUCGAAGGUGUAUUGGGAGACUGCAAAAUCAUCCAUAAGUCGGUGGAUCGUGAGGCCUGCUGUGAAGGUGGUGCAGUCCCUUGAACAUCGCUCACAGCGUAGGCUUGCUAUGGUGGAACCUGAAACGAUGAAAUUCAUCCAAACGCACGAGGCCUCUGGCUCCGACGCCGCGAGAGCCCUUACAAAGAUCCACCUGAAACAGCAACGACAGCUCUUAUAUUAUCGCUUCGUACGUCUCUUCGCCGAAUUUCGAUAUCUGUUAUCCGGGCAGUAUUUCAAAAACUACACUAUCAAAGAUUUCGUUCAGGAUACUCGGAUGUUUACACAGGCGUUGUUCAUAUUUAUUAUGGCGGUGAUGGUUGGGCGGCAGAGUGUGUUCCCGCCGAUCGAUCCGGAUAGUCCAUUUGUUCUGGGGUUAACUCAAAAAGUGAACCCUAACUAUUAG